GCCGGGACGUCAGAUGCCAUCAGCUCCCAGGGGACCGUUAAAGUCGCCGCGCUGCCAGGCGGGCCAGGGUGUCUGCAGAGGUCCCUGCCUCCUCGACGCCCGCUGCAACCCGCCUGGGCUGCCCGGCCUGGGCAGCCGGCGCUGACUGCACGAGGUGACGCGUGACCCUUCCAGCCAGCUAUGCCCCUGCUGCCCAGCACCGUGGGCCUGGCAGGCCUGCUCUUCUGGGCAGGCCAGGCAGUGAACGCCUUGAUGCCCAAUGCCACCCUGGCACUGGCCCGGACCGAGGGCACAGCCAUGUGGCCCCUGAGUGGCCUGGGGGUGCCCCGGUACCGGCGGAAGCGCCACAUCUCUGCCCGGGACAUGAGUGCCUUAUUGGAUUAUCACAACCACAUCCGGGCCAGUGUGCACCCACCUGCGGCCAACAUGGAGUAUAUGGUCUGGGACGAGCGGCUGGCCAGGUCUGCCGAGGCCUGGGCCACCCAGUGCAUCUGGGCCCACGGGCCCUCACAGCUGAUGAGACACGUGGGCCAGAACCUGUCCAUCCAUUCUGGCCGGUACCGCUCGGUGGUGGACCUCGUCAAGUCUUGGUCUGAGGAGAAGCGGCAUUACUCGUUUCCGGCCCCCAGGGACUGUCGCCCACAUUGCCCCUGGCGCUGCAGCGGCCCUGUCUGCUCCCACUAUACCCAGAUGGUGUGGGCAUCCUCCAAUCGGCUGGGCUGUGCCCUCCACACCUGUGGCAGCAUCAAUGUCUGGGGCAACACCUGGCGUCAGGCAGUGUACCUGGUCUGCAACUACGCCAUUAAGGGCAACUGGAUCGGCGAGGCACCAUACAAGAUGGGGCGGCCGUGUUCUGCCUGUCCCCCAAGUUACCAAGGCACCUGCAGUAGCAACAUGUGUUUCUCUGGACUCAAAUCCAAUAAGCUUCUGUGGUUCUAAAUUUCCCCCGGGCCCUGGCGGCGCCUCUGGCCUCCUCCAGAGGAUCACUUCCCAAAGACCAGGUCAAAGAAUAAUUGUUUUUUUAAAGGACAUAAUUGGGCUCACUCCACUGAUCUGAAUUUUCCCUCCUGACUCCUUCCAUUCCCAAAAUGUCCAGCAUAUGCCUGAAGAAAACAACCUUUU